GAGGAGCGACAGUCUGCAGCAGGUCUGAGCACUGUCGCUGUAGUAACGUCUGAAGCGCAGACACAGAGCAGGAGCUCCACUCUGAUACUGGACGGAUAUCAAGAAAGGAGACUAAUAAACAGAAAGAGGGCUGGAGGAACGCUGCUCGGUGCGUGGAGGGAUUUUUUUAUGGACUUUUUGUCGUUUGGAACUAAAACCGAGACCUGAGCGGGAUAUAGGAACUCAACGGGACACUGAGCAGGAGCACAGAAAUAACUUUAGAGCUUCUUUUACCUGGACGAGGAAUUCUCUUUUCCUUCUGCGUGGACUGGACCGCAGAGGACAAAGUCUGUGACGCUCUGAGUUCUGGUGUUUUAUUCCGGAGCUGCUGUGCGUGUUGGCGCUGAGACACCAGAGACGCGUCGGCUCGGCGGCCACCUGACCUCCUGGAGAAUAAGAGCGCAGCUAAUGACACGCAGGCUGAGAGCUUUACUGGAUCAUUAUUGAGCUCCGUGACGAGUUUCCACGAGGCUGUUGAAUGUCCUGACGCAGCAUUGCGCGCUUGAAGUUACCAGAAUCCAAUUACUCAUAUCUAAAUUGCGGUAAGUGUUAAUUAAUUUGUGUCAAGUGUGAAAUUAAAUUAGUUUGACUCUAUUGAUAUCGUAUUAAGUGGAUAUACAGUCUGAGUCAGACAUCAUGGAUAGAACCAGAGUCCCCCCCCGGUCGUGAUGCCAGGCGCCGGUCUCAUCCCGAGCAGCCUGCCCGUGAUGUCUGCUCUUUAACCCGCCCCAGUGUGGCGCCGUGUCCCGGUCACACCGCCAGGAUGAGCAGCACCGACCUGGAGCGCAUGUCCCUCAGCUCCUCGGCCAACUCGGUGGCCUCCAGCGCGCGGACUCUGUCGGCCAACGUGAAGAAACUGCACAACGCUCUCAACCUCCUGCUGAACGACUUCGAGAGGGAGCAGUUCAUCCACUGCCUCAACGUCUACCACUCCAAACGGAACGUGUACGACCUGGUCCAGACUCUCAACGUCAUCCUCAACGCGCCCAGCAAGAGGCAACUUCUGCCCAUGCUACGGCUGGUCAUCCCGCGCUCGGACCAGCUCCUCUUCGAGCAGUACACCUCGGAGGGCCUCUACUUAAAGUCGGAUUCAGCUGCAAGCAAUGGCAAUGCGGAGCCCCCAGCGGGUGAGUUCCCCAGCGCCAGCCCGACUCCUCCAGGGCAUUUCUCCCCAAACAACCCGCCUGAGUACCAGGUGGCGCUGCGGGGCUCUCCGGACAGCUUCAGCACCAGCAGUGAGGGGACCGGUCCUCUGGGGGCCGCUCCUCUGGUGCCUCUACUGGGGAGAAACUUUAUCCACGAGCCGCCGGGAGAGAUCCGACAGGUCACCAUGAAGCGGCACAAGAGCAACGAGGGCCUGGGCUUCAGUAUCCGCGGGGGCUCGGAGCACGGGGUCGGGAUCUAUGUGUCCCUGGUGGAACCGGGGAGCCUGGCGGAGAAAGAGGGGCUCCGGAUCGGGGACCAGAUCAUGAAAGUGAACGACAAAGUCUUCGACAAAGUCACUCAUGCUGACGCUGUGAAGGUGCUGAAGGGCAGUAAAAAGCUCAACCUCUCAGUACGAUCAGUCGGGCGGAUUCCAGGGGGCUACGUUACAAACCAUGUUUAUACGUGGGUCGACCCUCAGGGCCGAGGUGUGUCCCCUCCCCCUGACCUCCCUGAGCAUCGGAGCGCCACCCUGAGAAGAACUGACAGCCAGAGACGCAGCAACAUGCAGCUACUGCAGGAGGGAGACGAGAAGAAGGUUAACCUGGUUUUGGAUGAUGGCCGGUCUCUGGGUCUGAUGAUCCGGGGGGGAGCAGAGUAUGCUUUAGGAAUUUACAUCACAGGAGUGGAUCAGGGAUCAGCAGCAGAGUGUGGAGGACUCAAGGUGGGGGAUCAGAUCCUGGAGGUGAACGGUCGCAGCUUCCUGAACAUCCCGCACGACGAGGCUGUCAGAGUCCUGAAGUCGUCACGGCACCUGAUGAUGACGGUGAAAGACGUGGGCCGCCUGCCACACGCUCGGACUGUGGUGGGUGAGACCAAGUGGAUCGCCAGCUCGCAGAUCGCUGAGAGCUCGGCUAACAGCAGUGUGGCAAGCUUCUCGAUGGAGAAAGGAGCCUCCGCAGCAGGAAAGUCCGGGUUCUAUAAAGGCGUCGCAGGCUCGCAGGUGACCCUGUCCAGCCUGGUGAACCAGUCUCGGGCCAUGCUGGACGAGCAGGCACGUCACCUGCUGACCGAGUCUGAGCGGCAGACGAUGAGCUAUUACGUGGAGGAGUACCGGAAUGGACACAUCGGCGUGGAGCAGCUUGUGGUGGCGUUGUUCGAGCUUCUCAACACACACGCAAAGUUCUCUCUGCUGUCGGAGGUGCGAGGCCUGGUCACCCCUCAGGACCUGGAGCAUUUCGAUGGUUUAGUGCUGAGACGGGAGAUCCAGGCUUUAAAGGCGAGACAGGGUACAGGUGGAGCUGCGGCACACCAACCAGACUCUAUGUCUAUGGUGUCGUACCCGGACACUCUGACCUCGUCUUCAGCCAGCUUCAUGACUAACACCACUCUGAGCUCUGCACGGAAUGACAGCGUGGCCGAAAGUAAUGAAGGGGAUCCUCCGGAGAGUCUGAACACGCUGCUGACCGACAUCUCUCUGGACGACGUUCAGUCCACCCCAGCUGACCCUCCCCCCACCUUCAAGCCUCCACCCCCUCCAGGGGUGCAGAGGCGCCCGAGUAGACGAGAUCAGCUCAACAAAUGCCCCUCGUCCGAAUCCUCCCACUCAGGCUUGUACUUCACAGCCCCGGCCUCUCACAACCACAGCAGGGAGCCAGGACGCACCCCCUCACCCUCACCGCACCACAAACAAGAGCAUCCAAAGGACUCAUCUCGAGACUACGCUGUGGUCAGAAAGAGAGACCCCCUGCUACCUUCAAAGAAAGACCACAUAACUUCUGCUCAGUUGUCCAAGGUCAUCCAGCACAGCAUCGGCCCCUUCCCUAGAGUCCAGUCCCCCAACAGAGCCACCAAACCUGCUCCCCCGCCUCCUUCAUCCCCUCCACCUCCACCUCCACUCCCUGCUCCUCCCCCUCCGCCCCCAUGUCUGCCUUUUAAGCCACUGUCUAUGUCCAAAGCGUCCUCUCCUGCCUCUAAACAGCAGUUUGUUACAGUGGAGGUCCACAGGCCAAGCGAGCCCGACGUCAACGAGGUGCGACCACUGCCACAAGCUCGAGGUGGCGCCCUAUCUCAGCUGUCAGACAGCGGGCAGACCCUCAGUGAGGACAGCGGGGUGGACAUAGCUGAGUCAGGACACAUCAGCAAAGACAGCAGCCAUUCCUCACGGACACACCAACCAGCAGACACCCAGGGUGGCGGGGGGGACAACCCCUCCAAACCGCCGGGCCUGUUGGAGCCCACGUCCACACUAGUGAGGGUCGCAAAGAGCGCCAGCACCCUGGGGAUUGCCAUUGAAGGUGGGGCCAACACUCGCCAACCGCUGCCACGAAUUGUCACCAUACAGAGAGGUGGCUCAGCUCACAACUGCGGCCAGCUGAAGGUGGGUCAGGUGAUCCUGGAGGUAAACGGGGUUUCCAUGAGGGGCCGUGAGCACAGGGACGCUGCACGCAUCAUUGCCGAGGCCUUCAAGACCAAAGAAAAGGAUCACGUGGACUUUCUGGUGACCGAGUUUAACGUGGCUCUAUAGCUGAGAGGAGGAGGAGGAGAGCAGACGAUGAUGAGGACGGCACCGCAAGAAGAGUGAAGGAAAAUGAAAGCGUUUAAUGAGUUAAAUGGCACAACUGUUUAAGACUUAAACGAACCACCAACUGAUCUCUGAGCCCUUCUUCUUACUCAUAAACCCUCCCUUGUGUCUGGAUCUAUGAUUCCCUCAUUUACAAGGUAUUCCUCCUGCUGUGGACUUCGUUCAGGAUUCUCCUCGACGUGUUACCUCCCCACUGUGAGACCUUAUGCACUAAAUGGAAAGUGGUGAAACCUUUUGUUUGUUCUCUCAGUGUUUAACAUUGUGGACUUACAACAAUCGAAACCCACUGGACCCUCUCGUAGCACCCUCGCAUCCCAUGGUUAGUUUCCUUUAUUUAUACUUUGCUUCAAUGUGAGAGAAAACUUCACACGUGAGACUGAUCAACGCUGACUUUGUAUAUGUAAAAAUGAACAAAUGUAGAUACAGAUGCAUAUAUACUGUACACUUAAAGAUCCUGUAUAAAUUAUAAACCCUGAACCCUUCUCAACAUAUAGUAAUAUAUUUCAGAGAUGAUGAUAACUGAGGCCACUCUGACAAUACAGGACUAUUCCAAUUUUACAACCAUGCUAUUGGCCUGUCUUCAUUCUAUUCACAAAGAAAGAUAAACCACAGGCUGACAAAACACACUCUACAUGCAUUCGUUUGACUGUCACUGAGUGACAGAAAUUAUAACAUGGGCACGACAUGUACAUGUGCGUCCUUUCCUGUUUCCUUUCCUCCUCUUCAUGUAUAGCAAUUUUGUUUGCAGCUAUAGCCGACUCCAUUUAAAAAUGCUUUUUACAUUUCAAAUCGACGUGUGUCCAUUUCUCAAACAACAAGACGCCUUUUCUUCACUUCUUUUGUUUGUUUUUUAAUUCACAAAAACACAUUUCUGCAUCAUGCUUUGGGUGAAAGAGUUACUGUGUUUCAUCUCGGCUGUUUUAAAUUCAGCUCUGUCCCCUCCUGCCCUUAAAUUAUGUUCUGUUUUGUUCCAAUACAGCCAAUUUUACAAUUAAAUUGCUCCAACUUAAAAUAAUUUUGUUUUUUUUUCCAUGAGCCACCACUUUGUGUGUUCAACACUUUUCACAGCAAAACGUAUUAGCUGUGUUAAUCCCUACUUUCUUUUGUCUCAAAGUUCACUGAGGCUGCACGUCUGUGUUCCUUUAUUCCACAAUGAAUUCCACAAUGAUAGUACAAUUUUAACUUUUCUGCUGUCCAAACUUUGCUGACAACUACAUUCAGUGGACCUUCCUGGACCUACUUCACAAUAAAAGCUCCCUUUUCUCAGCAAAUGAAUGUGACCAGGAGGAGUGGGCAAGUGUUGAGCUUACAUGAGUUUGCAGGAAUCUCCUCAGUGGGGACAUCUGUUGCUCAGUCUGU